AUGGCGGCGUCCAACCCAGAGCCAAAGAGCAUCCUCAAAAAGCCAGCCGGCUCCCGCCCCACCACCGAGCAGGACCGGCGCGCGAUAGCAAUCCAGCACGCCCAGAUCAUCGAGCAUAGGAAAGAGCUCGAGGCCCAGAUCCUCGACGAUGUCAUCCUCCUGUCCGAGUACCCCAGGGCACCCGGCGCGACCUCCUCCGACGACCCCGCCCCCUCCGACGUCGUCGACUUCAAGACCCACGUGAGGCUGUUCCAGCCGUCCGACUACGAUGACCUGAUCGAGGAGCGCAACGUCAACGGGCUGUGCGGGUACGUGCUGUGCCCCAAGGCGCGCAGGAAGACGGGCCCGGGGGGGGAGUGGACGCUCGCGGCGAGCGGGCAGAUUGUCAAGCGCAGGGACCUGGAGAAGUGGUGCUCGCAGAAGUGCGCGCGGAGGGCUCUCUACGUCAAGGUGCAGCUCAACGAGACGGCUGCGUGGGAGCGGGCUGGGAUUCCCGAUAUCGAGAUUGAGAUCAUGGAUCUGCCGACGGUUGAGCCAGAGACGGAGGAGGAGCGCACCGCCAAGAGGUUGGGAGAGCUGACUCUCGAGGACCAGAGGCAGGCGGCGAGGGACUCGGCAGCGCUGGCGCUGGAGCGUGGAGAGCUACCGACGACGGCGACGCCGACUGGGGUUGCGAGGAAGACACCAGUGAAGGUGACGUUGAAGGAGAAUACUGAGAUCAAGGAACCACCGAGUACAGGUGUGUUUGAGGAUGACGAUCAUCUCAUGGUGGAGGGCUACAAGAGUAUGAGGGGUACGGAAUGA